AUGAAGGUGCCAGUGCAUCACCAGAGCGACAGCAUGAUCAACGUGCUGUGCAAGCGGAUGCCGUGGCCGCUGACGCGGCCAACGGGCUGCCCCUCGCAGCCAGUGCGAUGGCCGAAGCCGCUAGCACACAGGAAGUACACGCAGAGCCAGGUCGACGGCUACUGGAGCGAGCUCGGGGAGGCCUACGAGAAGCACCUGAACAGGUACCACAGCUUCGAGGGCGACGGCUGGAGCAAGCGACAGGGCCACUCCGAGAAGGCCAAGUACAAGCAGAAGCCGCGCAGGCCCAAGCCCUGCACCGCGGCCCUGGAGCAGCAGCAGUGGGCCGAGGCAGCCGAGUCGCUCGCGCGGCGGCUGCGCCAGCUGAGGCUUCUGGCCAACGCAUGGCAGCAGCGGCGAGACGCGGGCACACUACGGCGAGCCCAGCACAGUGCGGACGGGCUUCUCAGCCACGACAUCGUCAUGCCGCUGUUCGCCGAGCGGGCCCCUGGACAGACGGCCGGGACAGGCACCGACACGGACGAGGAGGACGGGCUGCUGGAGUCGGAGGACGCCCCUCGGGAGGGGGCGGAAGGGGCAAAGGACCGCCGCGCGGUCGGAGCGCCUCCCCCCGAGGGCCAGCAGGACCCCAACACUUGGAACACGAUUCGCUGGCCGCUCAUCGUACACACGCUGCGGGACUGGCGCGUCAGCGACAUCGACGAUCGCGCCCAGAACUACCUGGGUUUCAUCGCCACGCUGCUGGACCUCGGGAGCAAGAGAUACUGGAAGAUGGUGCACCGAGCGGCCGCGGCGCAGUGGCGGCAGUGGGUGACCACGCACGGAGAACGAGGAGCAGGAACGCUGCACAAGUGGACCAAGGCCCCCGCGCCUUGGCAACCGCAGGCAGCGCCAGCUGGAGCCGACAGCGACCAGAUGCACGAGCUCACGCACCCCCAGAAGGCCGCCAACGCCGCGCUGCAGGGGUGGGAGGACAUCUGGAACGACCCGCUCGAGCCGAGGGCGCCGUGGCUCCAGCCGCCCACGGAGAAUGAGUGGGCAGAGGCAAAGCCGCCGCCCAUCACCCCGCAGCAGGUGAUCGAGGCCUGCGGCCGCUUCAAGACCAAGACGGGGCUAGGGGAGUCGGGAUGGCACCCGAGACUCUGGCGCGAAGGAGGAAUCCAAGGAGCCGCGAGGGUGGCUAGCACCCUCAACGCCCUGGAGGCGUCGGGCGGGCACCGCCACCACGGGCUGAUCCCCGAGCUGGCGAGGCUGUGGGAGACCAUCCGCAUGCCGUGCGCCAGGAGCUGGGAGCAGAGCCACCGCAGGGGCUACGACUGGGCCGCGGAAGGGAGGUCCAGCGAGAGGGCCCCCUGGGAGCAGGCGCUGUUCUACGAGGCCACGGUGGCCCAGGGGCUGGAGUACGCCGUCACGCACUUCGACCUGGUCAAGUGCUUCGAGUACGCCACGCACGAGAAGGUGUGGCAAGCAGGCACGCGUUCGGGAUUCAACACGGUGACCCUGAAGAUGGCGCUGCGCAUCUACUCGAUGACGCGGUGGGCGCGCGGCAUCGCAGCAGGAAGCCGCCUCGCGCCCCUCUGCUUCAAAAUGGUCAUCUUCGGGGAGCUGGACGGGGUCAUCGCCAACUUCCCGUGGGCCUCGGUCUGCCUCUUUUUCGACGAUUUGGCGGUCGCCACGCGGGGCGCGAGGCUGUUUGCGCAGUACUGGCACACGCAGUUGGUGCAGGCGCUCGUGGACAUGUUCGAGCGGCUGGACAUGAAGGACGGCCUCGCCAGGCGCGUGCACCCGCUCGGCAUCAGGAUGGUGCGACACGCCGACCACCUCGGCGCCACCACCGCCGCCGGCAGGAGAAGACGAGUCAGCGCCUUCAGCAACAGGGCCAGCAAGUACGCAGCGCGGCGAGAUCGCAUCGCCCGCAUGCGCCGCGCAGGUGGGCCUGCGCAGGCGAUCAUCAGACAGGGGAAGGUGCCGUCGGCGAUGUACGGGGCGCAGGUCAUGGGCAUGGCCAACGCCACCCUCGCCUCCCUGCGGCAGAGCGUGGCAACCUCCUUCAGGGGCAACGCCAUGGGGAGGUCGUCGCCGCUCACGCUGCUUGCGCAGGGCGCCGACCCCGCCAUCCGCGCCAACACGGAGCCGCUGGUCAACUGGGCCAUGGCCUGGCAGGAGGUUGCCAACCAGGACGGCCUCCAGGCGCAGCUCCAGAGUGCGUGGAAGAAGUGGGUGCUACGAGAGGGGCGGGCAAGAGCCCCAUGGCAGCAGGUGCGAGGGCCCGCAGGGGCCUUCAUCGCCACGGUGCAGAGGCUGGGCUGGGAGACGCUCGCGGCGCACAGCAGCGCCAUCGGCGAGGAGCACCUGGACCUCAGGGCGCUGCCUCUCAGAUACCUGAAGCAGCGCAUCAGCGCGGCCACGGAGAAUGGCCUCAAGAGCGACUGGCUGCGCAUCCACGGCGAGAAGCACGGCCCGGACAGCCUCCUCGUGGAGCCCGUCGCCGCGCUGCUCAAGAGACCGCUGAGCAAGACGUGGACGCUGGAGCACCAGACUCGGGUGCGCAACCUGCGGCGCGGCGGCACCUGGCCGCAGCGACGGCUCUUCGACAAGGGCGCCGCGGAGGACAGCACCUGCAAGCCUGCCACGAGCACGAAGGGACGGACCGCCACAGGGCUCGCAGCGGACCCAGCGCUGGAGUACGACCUCUGGAACUUGCUCUUCUCAUCCACCAGCGAGGUGGAGGGCACCUUUGACGGCCUCGUGCACGGCGACAUCUACACGGAUGGCAGCCUGCUGUACGGGGCAUACCCAGCAUUGAGGAGAGGCGGCUGGUUCUCCGUGAAGCUCGACAAUGAGCACCAGAUGGAGUACGCCAUGUUCGGGCCGUUGGAAGGGCCGCAGCACGACCAGUCGAUCUACAAGAGCGAGCUGAUG